AUGCUACAACGUCGAAAAGUCCAUAAGGUUGGCUGCGUCCUGAGACUGGUUUGUGCUUGGGGAACGUCAGCGAUUUUUGUUGAAUACGGUAUCGCAGCACUGAUGAGUCAGAACGAGAGCUGUUUGAAUAUUCUCAAAAUUGGAUUACUUAAACGAAACCAGACACCACUUGGCUUCCAAGAAGUAACUAUAGCAAAAUUGCUUGUUGAACUACCACGUCGUUAUAUAGUUCACCAUUUUGACCUUGAAUUGACGCAUGCAAUUGUCUUGUGUAACACAAAAACGCAUCAGCACGGCGAUGGGAUUCGUCGAUGGUCGAUAGUAAUGAUAGUUUUGUUACUGCUUUUCACGCCGUUACUAACGUUAGUAGUCGGCUUGGAUCAGUAUUACUCAAGAGAUGGUAUUCCUCGUUUCAAAACGUUUGAGCGUCUUAACCACGAAGUAUUUCUCGGCGAUAAGGUGAGAUUGACAUGCCUAGCUAUGUCCAAAUCUCCCCUGGAAGUUAAAUGGUAUCGCAAUGGUGAGCUUCUCAAUAAAGAUGCUUUUGGCCAUCGAUUUCGAGAGAAUAAGAAGCAUAUGACGCUUGACAUCAAAGCUGUAGAAGUUUCCGAUCAAGGUUUAUGGACAUGUAAAGUAAGCAAUCACUUGGGAAAGGUCGACCGUAACUUUACGGUUGAGAUCAUAGACUUCUGCGACUACUUCGCCAUGCGCUCUGGUGCUGCGUUCGCGUUGCCUCCGGCGUCAAUACCUAUGGAGUGCAUUUGUCUGUGGCAGAUCACCAACGAUAAGGAGCGCCAUGACAUCGACUACUCGAUUGCAACGACCGCAACUUGCAAUAAGUACGCAUCGCGAAUAGAGAAACGUGCUCGGAAAUCCCGAAAAGAACUUGCAUGCCUUGAUCCUCCAUGUGAUAUGUUCGGUAUACCCAUAAAGACGACGACGUCUGCGUCGACAAGGCCGUCGCUGAACUCGGCAACGACGAACUCGGCCAACAUCUCUACCAGUGUGACUUUGCGAUCGUCUGCGCAUGUGCAUGCAACUUUAGUCAAAGGUACGACUAUGCAUAACUUCGGCCUUCUUUUAGAUCCAGUGAAGCUGUUCGACUUUGUGACUGAACGCAACUUCGUAAACGUGGCAUACUUACUUCCAAACCUCAAGCCAUUUCAUCGAAUGACUCGAAUCAAUGAAACGCUCUCGGACUGGAAUUCUCUUAGUCUUGAGAAGAAAAUCGAACGUGCACGACGUAUCGUUCAGUCCUACUCUGAAAAUGCUGUUGACGGUCCUAACGAAGGAGAAACUGCGAGUACGACAUCGAAAUUUCGCGAACUAAAACAACGUCGUCCAGCAAAUGUCGUAUCCACAACGCAGACACUACCUGCCUACAAGCGAAGAGUGAUCGAAAAAGAAGUCAGCUAUGAGCCGCCUCCUCCGGAAGUGAAGCCGACUUUCAAAGAUGGUGAUGAAACAUCGCGAAGUCUGGCAUCUCCCGCAGGAAGAACUGUCAAGUUGAGCUGUCGUGCUGCAGGUUACCCAGAACCACGAGUUGUAUGGCACAAGAACGGAGCAAUAAUCACUGAAGCAAGUCCAAGAAUGACAGGUGCGGAUUUCAAGAUUCGAAGAGGCACACUCGAGAUGGAAGAUGCGGCAGAGAGUGAUUCGGGCAAGUAUAUGUGCGAGGUAUUCAACUCGCUAGGAACGAUUCGAAGAACGUUCAAUGUCACGAUUAUAAAUCGUAUGCGUGGACCGCCCAUUAUCGUGCCAAAUAUUCUCGUCAACCAAACGGUAAACGUGAAUGGCACUGCAGUCUUCAAUUGUCGAGUGGUUUCCGACUUGACCCCGUACAUUUUUUGGGCACGAAUUGACCGCGUCAAUGGAUCUCUGCAUUACUAUAAUGAAACCGCCAAGGAGUACAUGUUCAAAUAUACAGCUGCGCUUGACAUUGAGAAUGCACUUGUGGUUACUAAUAAAGAUGAAUCUACGUUGACCUUGGUAAACGUUACACUAGAGGAUCAAGGGAUUUACGUAUGUAUAACAGGGAACUCGUUGGGAAUGAAUGUCGCAAAUGCCACGUUGACUGUGAAUGAGUUUCUUGGAAUGGUUCUGCUCACAGGGAAUCCUGAACCUGAGUACUCCACUUGGAGCAUACUGCUAGCAUUUUCAGUUUUGUUGCUUCUCAUCGUUAUGCUUCUCUCACUGCUGCUCAGUCUUUGCGUCGCCUACUAUAUCUGUUUCCGAAUAACAAAGAAAAGAAGAGAUUUGGAGGAUCGUGUUGGGUUGAUGCCGAAAAAGAAAAAAGUCGUGGUCACUCAUAAACCGUAUCCGGAUGAAAAGGAAGGGUGUUCAGAUCUACCCUCCACAUAUCAAAUACAGCUUUCCAUCCCUCCUUGGUCUUGUGAAUGCGCUGAAUCCAGGGCUGUGCUUGAAAAGUCGAAGAAGUACUUUUCAUGGCGUCUUUCGGUCUUGGAGAUUGCUGGAGGGCUGGGCGAGCGAUUCUCGACUGAGUUGCGAUUGGCUGCUGAGUUCAGCCAAUCGCCGCCAAAAUGGGUAGAGAUUGUGGAACAAGCCACAACAUCGAAAGGACGUCGACCUCGUCUAAGCUCUGACCUCACAUUGCUAUCGGACUACGAGAUUGAUCCCGACCCGCAGUGGGAAAUUGAUAGAUCGAGGCUUGAAUUAGUUGACAUUCUCGGUGAAGGUGCAUUCGGUGAAGUUUGGCGAGCUAAUCUGAAGCCCGAUCGAAAAGAUAUUGGUGCUGCUGCUGAGGGGAUUCCCGUGGCAGUAAAAAAGCUGAAGUCAUCAGCGCAUGAGAAAGAGCUUAUAGAUCUCGUCAGCGAAAUGGAGACUUUCAAGAUCAUAGGUAGGCAUGAAAAUCUCCUUCGACUGAUUGGAUGUUGCACCGGCUCAGGGCCGCUUUAUGUGGUUCUUGAACUAUGUAAAUAUGGGAAUCUGAGGGACUUCUUACGUAUUCACCGUCCCAGAGAAGAUAAACAAGAAGCGAUGGCCAAACAUAGCGAGGAACUGGCUGAUUAUUUAGAGCCGCGAAAAUGGUCUGACAAAUGCGAAAACCAGGUUGUGAUUCACAAUAUCACCCACAAACAUCUAGUCCAUUUCGCAUAUCAGGUUGCAAAAGGAAUGGAAUUCAUGGCGAACAAGAAGAUUAUCCAUAGAGACCUUGCUGCUAGGAACGUGCUUGUUGCUGAAGGUUUCGUCAUGAAAAUAUCAGACUUUGGACUGUCGAGAGACGUUCACUGCAACGAUUAUUACAGAAAGAAGGGCAAUGGUAGGCUACCCAUCAAAUGGAUGGCUUUGGAAGCCUUGGAUUCCCACAUGUACACAGUGGAAAGCGACGUAUGGUCAUAUGGGAUUCUCCUUUGGGAGAUAAUGACCAUGGGUGGGACGCCAUAUCCGACGAUUGCCAUGCCUCAACUUUACUCGGUACUGAAGGGUGGUUAUAGGAUGGAGCCGCCUCAAAAAUGUCCGAGUGAAAUUUAUGACCUUAUGGUUUCAUGCUGGCAGGAGAAACGAGAGAAGCGUCCGACAUUCAAAAUGAUCGUGGAUUAUCUGGACUGGAUGUUACAGGAUGCUGAUAGCGAUACCAUCUUUGACGAUGUGGAAGGUGCUCCGCCACCUCCUUCUAGUGACAGUAGUCUAGGUCGGAAACUACGUACACGGCCGUUAUCGGCGCCAGUAUUCUUGCCUUCAGAUCCACUUCAUGCCAUCUGUGAUGAUAAUGUCGAAGGCGCUGGAUCGGCAUUUGUUAUGGGAGAUGCGGCUGAAGAAUGUGAGGUACUGCAGGCAUCUGAUCAAGAACAUCAGUACUGUAAUCAGCCUAAUGACUCUUCCGCAGCCGCUCGGCUUGUGAGGCAACAAACAGAUCCGGGUUCCGAAAACUUUCACGUAGCAGAAGAAUCGGAUUACUCGGUGCCUCGAGCUGUUGCCGAAGUUGCUGCGCCUUCAGUGGAUUCGGCUAUUGGAUCUCCAGCGUGGAUUGCUCCAGAACUCUCCACGCAUAGUCACUACUCGGUCCCUUUUUUAGGCGAGCCGGGAGCGGCGCGAACUGAGUCGGCAUAUAUAAACGUGGCUGGCCAUCGCUCCACUCCCACCCGUUUCCCAUUUCCUCCUACCACAUCAUUAGCGGAAAGCACAUUAACAUGUUCUGACUCGGGUACGUUUGAGCCGAGGAUUCAGUGUUCGUCUGGCGCAACUAAUCAAGGUUUUAUGCCGUCUCCAAGCUUCACAACUGAGUCUGUCAUUAGGAGCAUAUUGCCGAAUGGAGUGCACCCCAACAAUACCGCUCGAGUGCCGUUCGGUACCAAAAGAAAUCAAUGCCUCGGACUCCAAGAUUCGUUUUAUCAUAUCAGAAUCGCCAUGCGAGGGCUGCUCGGGACGAUAUUUGCUGUAUUUCUUCCGAUUUCUUACUCAAACGUCAUACACGAUGGUGGAACGUGUGGAAAUGAUGCAUUGCCCUACCGUAUCUCGAUAGACGACAAAGGAAGUCCUAAGCUGUCCUGUUUAUCUCCUCCCUGCCUGGGAGAAUACUCUAACGAAAAUAUUCGUGCAUCGGUGAAAUGCAAGCCAUUCAAAGACGUUGUUUGCACCGGAGAACUGCAAUGGACUGGUGGUCUUGCAGAAGUGAACAAUGGCACUCAUAAUGUCUUAAACGCCAUUUGUUGUUCUUAUCCUGGAAUGGCUCGUUCGCAGCUGUUAAGGACCAUUUUUCUUGGACAAGAUGAUAGUUAUGAAGGAGGAGUGAAUGAAAAAUCUGGACGGUCCGGAGGGUUCGAUAUAAUUAAGGAAGUACGAAAAUCGGUUACUGGAGAUAACAGAAUACAGUACAUUGUCACGAUUCAUCGACUACCAUGCGUGACAGACCGUGUGCGUUCUCGUGGCUACGCGCGAAGUCAGAGCAGAAAUAAGCGCCGCAUGGACGACACCAAGAAAGAAGAAGAGUAUGAGUACGAAUGGGAAGGGAAUGAUGGGCCACGUCGUUACCGUGAUCGAACUGAGCGCCCGAUUAGGCGCAAUCGACGAGUAGGAUAUAGGCGACGUCCUGCCAUGCGGGAUUAUGACGAUUACUACGAUUACGACUACGCUGUAAUUGUUCCGCGUCAGAUGGUGUCUAGGAGGCAGCAAGCGAACAAUCGCUUGUGGCCGCUCGCGCGUGCUCACGCUGAUGGUGGCAUCUUCCAGGCUAAUGAUGUGAUACCUCUCAAGGCCGAGCAGGAUGUGAUCGUUAAUAGCGGCUCCGCCAUAGCUGAAGAGUUCGCUCCUUUGUCGUCUCCGCAACAGCAAGUGCCGGUCGCCCAGGCUAUGCCUGUUACUCCGAUGGACGGUCCGCUACCUCCGCCACCACCACCGCCAAGCUCUUAUCAGCCACUACCUCAGUAUGUACCCGCCUAUAAAGAAGCCUAUACCCCAUCUCCUUAUAUACAGCCCCAACCCCAAUACCGGCAACCUGUGCCGGACCAGUAUGCUCGAGCUGCACCAGUACAAAGCGCGGCACCGUCCUACUAUUACCAGUAUCCAGCAUACUAUCAACCAGCAGGCUUGAACGGGUUAUUCGAAGCAAUGCAAUGUUUCAGUGGGGACAUGCAGGUGGAAACCCCGUCCGGAUCGAAAGCAAUCAAGGACUUGGAAGUAGGAGAUAUAGUGAUGAGCAUUGACGAAUCUAUGGUAACGUUCUCACCAGUGAUCAUGUUUCUUCACAAGCUAGAGAAGGAGGAAGCACAGUUCUUACGAUUUACACUGGAGUCCGGGGAAUCUCUGAAAAUGACCGAGAACCAUUUGAUAUAUCUAACAGACUGUGGCAGUAGUGAGAACUUACGGCUCGUUCCUGCCAAGGAAAGCAGAGUGGGACAGUGUGUGCAAAUUGUAAAUUCUAUGAAUAGCUUUUCAACAAGGAAGAUCUCGACUAUUGACACGGUAAACGACGUUGGAAUCUAUGCACCUCUGACCAGUACAGGAGACAUAAUGGUGAACGGCGUGCUCGUCUCCUGUCACUCGAAUCUCGCUCUUAAAACGUUGCAGCAAACAUUCUUCAGUAUUUAUCGCGGUUUAUCAUCACUGCUCCGCGAUUACAUCCCAAGUCAUCUACAUGACGAUGCUCAUCUACCGUUCGGUGUUCACUACCUAACUACCGUUGUGGAUCUGUUCCUACCAAGUUCUUUCUUCUAAAACAUUAAUAUGCUCUUAACUCAUUUUUGAAAGAUGUCUUAGCUGUGAUGUGUUGUUUUUGGCUCAGUUGAGAUUUUGUGUUAAUCUCAUAUUUUGGUGCAAUGUAUCUGACUGUUGGUGUUGCUGCAAUAAUAUCUC